AUGCGUGGCGUUUUCUUCUGCUCAAUUGCCUUUGCGGCUAAUGCUGCCGUUGCAAGUGUGUGUAAACCACGUUCAAGGAGCUCUGACAUUUCGACUCUGCUACUAUCAACCUCGGCUACAUAUCUACAGGAUGUGACAACUACUACCGUUUUCGCCGUCCCAUCAGCCAGUACAUCUGCAACUGUCUCCAGCGAUGCUGCUUUCACAUCUCUAUCAGAAGGGACUGUAACGAUAUCCGACCGAUAUCUUCCCGCAACCAUUACUAAAGUGGAAGAGACAAGCGAUGCCAGCGGGACAGCUUCCGAGUCGGAAGCUCUUGCGACCAGUACUCUGCGUGACGCCGCAACAACUGACCUAUCUUCCACCACGACGGAAACGGUCACCAGUCAGGCCAAUGCUGGGACCGCUGAAACAUCACAGUUGACUCCAAGUGUCCCUGGUUCUGCAACUACAGAAUCUGGUACAUCAACUGAUGCUUCCGCAACCAUCCCCACUGCCGACACUGCGACGAUUGAGUUAUCUUCUACGACGCUGGCAGAAGCCGCGUCCACCGACACUUCUAUUAGUACCGAUACUACAAUAUCAAUUGGAGUGAGCACUACUGGUACGGAUGCCACCACUGUCACAAUUCAGGACGAUAAGACAUCUACCGAGACUUCUGACGAUGUAGACAUCACUACUACAGCCGGCUCCUCUACCACAGUCGGUGUGGAUACGACUGCUACUGACACCCCAACGACUGAUGUGUCUUCUACCAGUGUCGACACUACAACAACCGGACAGUCCACUACAGAGAAUGAAACGACUACAACUGGUGCAACCACCACUUCUUCUGUCACUACAACUGCUACAGCUCUAGAGCACAGCACCUCUACUGAGACUUCUGAUAUCGACACGACUACAGCUACCCUCACACCCACAACAUUGGAAACAGUCACAACUGGUGUCACGACCACUGCUAUGGACACUACAACAACUGAAGUGUCUACUACCGAAGAGGGGACGACUACAACAGCUGAUAUCACUACAACUACCAGCCAAGGCCCUUUUCAGCCUCUGCCUACAUUUGAUCUCGUCGGUAUUGGCUCCUCGGCGAAUGAGGUCAAUGCACAACGUCUUUCAGGUUACAUUGAGCUUGGUUGGAAUCAUCAACCUGCCGAACAAAUUGUUCAUUUCUAUAUUGAGCCCGGAACAGGUUACCUGAAAGAGUCUGAGUACGACCUCUGGUACUUCUGUGUUAAUGUUCAGCCCAAAGACCCUCUCCGCUAUAACCGUAUUUCUCUACAGUUUGAAGAACUUGACUACUACGACGUCUAUAAGCGUAUUAGUUGUGAGCAGAAGUCUGAUGGGAAGCUUGCUUGUUCAAUACCCGCAGUAUCAUGCGAUAGAAACCCCGUUACCUUCGAUGCCGAAUGUACGGAAUUGGGUGGAGACUUCAAUACGUUCUAUACCUCUUCUGAGAUGGGCACGCAUUAUCUUGCCUUUGGGUUGGAGGAUGAUCCCCCUGCGGGCGAUGAGGUGCAUCGCGUCGAGCUUGGUAUCAUGGCACCGUUGCUUGAUGCGCCGCCUGUGUUUGCUUGA